UAGAACCCCGGGUGUGGGUCGAUCCAAUGAGAUCGCGCCGCGUCCUGAGCCCUGCGCGCAGUCAAGCUAGCCGGCGAAUGCAAAGGGCAGAGGAGACCUGGCGACCGAUAUUAAUGUAUAGGAUAUGACAGUGUAACAGAGACCGGGUGCUGGUAAGGGUAGCUACAGUCAUUAUCACAUCGUGCACAGGCACGGCCUUUGACUGUCCCAAGUUAAAAAUAUUACAAGGCUGGUCUAAUGGGCAGGAGGAUGACGCUGUGGGCUCUCUUCUGCUUUCUAGCAGCAUGCCUGCCUUCACAUACAGAUUCUAUAGCUGUGAUGUCAGUGGAUCUGGGCAGCGAGUGGAUGAAAAUAGCAAUUGUGAAACCAGGAGUGCCGAUGGAGAUCGUUCUGAACAGAGAGUCCAGAAGGAAAACUCCAGUGGCUGUUUGUUUAAAAGAGAAUGAACGGCUGUUUGAGGACGGAGCGUUAGGAAUGUCAGCGAAGAACCCCAAGCUUGUCUUCCGCUACCUCCAGGACAUCAUUGGCAAGACACUCGAUAACCCCCAGGUGGCGCUAUACCAGAAACGCUUCCCCGAGCACCAGCUGGAAAAGGACGAGGUCAGAGGCACUGUGCUCUACAGAGUCUCAGAUGAGCUUCGUUACUCUCCAGAAGAGAUUCUGGGAAUGGUCCUCAAUUAUUCCAGGAGCCUUGCGCAGGAAUUUGCAGAGCAGCCCAUCAAAGACAUAGUGAUCACCGUCCCGGCCUUUUUCAAUCAGGCGGAGCGCAGGGCAGUCCUGCAGGCAGCUCAGAUGGCAGAUCUGAAGGUCCUUCAGCUCAUCAAUGACAACACGGCCGUCGCCCUGAACUACGGGGUCUUCAGGAGGAAAGACAUCAACAGCACGGCUCAGAAUGUGAUGUUUUAUGACAUGGGCUCUGAAAGCACCGUGGCCACCAUCGUGACAUACCAGAGCGUGAAGACCAAGGACGCCGGGACCCAACCCCAGCUGCAGAUCAGAGGAGUCGGGUUCGACCGGUCACUGGGGGGCUUCGAGAUGGAGCUGCGUCUGCGGGACCACCUGGCCAAGCUCUUCAAUGAGCAGAAGAAGAGCAAGAAGGAUGUGCGGGACAACGUGCGCGCCAUGGCCAAGCUGCUGAAGGAGGCCAAUCGCCUCAAGACCGUGCUGAGCGCAAACGUGGACCACAUGGCGCAGGUGGAGGGGCUCCUGGAUGACAUUGACUUCAAGUCGCGGGUGACUCGGGCCGAGCUGGAGGAGCUGUGUGCUGACCUGUUCCAGAGAGUCCCUGGACCUGUGCAGCAGGCCCUCUCCUCCGCAGAGAUGACGAUGGACGAGAUUGAGAGUGUGAUCCUGGUUGGCGGUGCCACACGAGUUCCCAAAGUGCAGGAGCUCCUGCUGAAGGCAGUGGGAAAGGAAGAGCUGAGUAAGAAUAUCAAUGCUGAUGAGGCAGCUGCCAUGGGAGCCGUGUACCAGGCAGCCGCGCUCAGCAAAGCCUUCAAAGUGAAGCCUUUCCUGGUGAGAGACGCUGCCAUCUACCCCAUACAGGUUGAGUUCACCCGCGAUACGGAGGAGGAUGAGGAGGGUGUGAAGAGCAUCAAACACAACAAGCGCGUCCUGUUCCAGAGGAUGUCUCCAUACCCACAGCGCAAGGUCAUCACCUUCAACCGCUACACUGACGACUUCCAGUUCAACAUCAACUACGGGGACAUGAGCUUUCUCAGCGAGGAGGACCUGCGGAUCUUCGGACCCCUCAACCUGACCACAGUGCAGCUGAGCGGAGUGGGGAGCAGCUUCAAGAAGCACGCAGACACGGAGUCCAAGGGGAUCAAAGCACACUUCAACAUGGACGAGAGCGGCCUCCUGUCCCUGGACAGGGUGGAGUCUGUGUUUGAGACCAUAGUGGAGGAGAAAGACGAAGAGUCCACUUUGACAAAACUGGGCAACACCAUUUCCAGUCUGUUUGGGGGUGGCAGCUCGGAGCCGAAGGAAAACGGAACCGAACCAGUUCAGGACGAAGAGGAGAGCCAGGCAGAGGGUGGGAAGGAGGAAGAGGAGCAGGCCCAGAAAGAAGGUGGCGCUGCCCCGGAGGAGAAGCAGGAGACUGGGGAUAAACCUGAAGGGGAGGCCCAGGCCGAGACGAAGGCCGAGACGAAGGGAGAGGGAGAGAGAGAGAAAGAGAAAGAGGGAGAGACGUCUGAAGAGAAGACAGAGUCACAGGAUAAGAAGGAAGGAGAGAGUGCCGGGAAGGAGGAAGAGAAGAAAGAGGGGCAAGCUGAGGGACAGGGAGAAGGAGGGAAGAAGGAGGAGAAAGAGGAAGAGAAG